UUUGUUGAUGACUUUCCUAAAAAUGAUUUUUAUACUUUAUUGACGUAUUAUAAUAAAAAAAGAUAAUGUUAAAAGCUGCGAAAAACAAGUGUGGAACAGUAUAACGCAGAAGUUUUCCUCGAUAAACAUACCUACAUAUGAAAAGUAGCUCAAGAGUGGAUGGGGAUAAAAAGUAUUUUAACAUCAUCAGUUCUUUACAGUUCUUUAUUCACAUUCGCUGCUUUAACAUAGCACUCAAUGUGUUCCUGCAAAUUGUUAAAUUUAAUGAUUUGUAUAAUUAAAAUAACUUAAAUUCAGGAAAAUGUUGUUCAUCGGCUCAAUAUUUGCUGUAAUUGCGAGUGCAUUCAUAUAUCGUUCUUCUCGAGAAAAUUGGCCUGUUUUGCUUGAAACAUGUAUUCUACAUAUAGAGUAUGGUUUAUUAGCUGUUAAAGAAAUUAUUUUCGAUUUGGUAAAUAGAAAAAAUAAUAAAAAUGAUUGCUCACUUCAAACAGGAAGAAUAGCUAUCAUAACAGGAGGUUCUAGAGGACUUGGAGUUGAAGUAGUGAAAAUGCUUUUAGAACUUGAUAUGGAAGUAUUAAUUGCUUGUAGAACACCUUCAGCUGGUGAAAAAGUUAUUCUUCAGAUUAGAGAAUCUGGUGUUAAAAGUGGACAAGCAAAAGUAUAUAAACUUGAUAAUGCCUCAUUAGACUCUGUAAAACAGUUUGCUUUAGAAAUAAAAAGAGAUUAUAAACAAAUUCAUGUUCUGGUCAAUAAUGCUGGUAUCAUGUUUCACCCAUAUGAUGAAACAGUAGAAGGAUUUGAGCAGCAAUGGGGUGUAAAUUAUUUAUCUCACUUUUUAUUAACAGCUCUUUUAUUACCACUAUUAAAAGCUGGUGGACUUCCACAACAAUCAAGUAGAAUUGUUAAUGUCACCUCCUGUGCUCAUCUUUUGGGAAAAAUUAACUUCAAUGAUAUUAAUAACAAGAAUAGAUUUAUCAGUAUGAACGCAUAUUCACAAAGUAAACUGGCACAAGUAGUAUUUACCAAAUGGUUGCAAAAUAUUUUAAAAGCAAAACAAUAUCAUGUACAAGUUUAUACUGUACAUCCUGGUAUAGUAAAUACAGAACUUUUUGUAAAUUCUUAUCUUUGGCACUUUAGAUCAAUUAUUCGAUAUAUUCUUAAGAAUCCUAAAGAAGGAGCCACUCCUGUUGCCUAUGCAGCUGUGAACAAAGCAAUAGAAGAUAAGGGUGGUAUAUACAUUAACAAUUGUAUUUCUAGUCCUUCUCAUCCAGAUGCUGAAAAUGUGUCGAUUCAAAAACAGUUGCUUGACUUGUCUCUUCAACAAGUAAAAUUAAGUGAUUUUUUCGAAUAUGUAUCGUAAAAUGAUAUUUCGUUAAACUAAUUAUGUAUUAUAAAAAUAUGUACUUACUAGAUUUAUGUAAUGAUAUAAUUUUUUUUAAGAAAGGUAAUAUUGGAAAGGGA